AUGAUCUUCGAAUCAGAGUACCACGUCGAGAUACCCAGCAUCGACUUAUUAUCAUUUCUCUUCUCGCGGACGCCAUUCAAAGACGACGACCCAAUAUGGAUCAACCCGACAAAUACCGCCAACCACGUCACACUUGCCAAAGCCCGCGAUCUCACGCAACGGAUAGGCCAGGGCUAUCGAGAUCUCGGCGUCGGUGCUAAAGAGGCCGGCAAGGAUAUCGUCGUCACGUACGUGGAGAACCAAGUCAUGGUGGCGCCGAACACCCUGGGCGUGCUGUGCGCGGGCGGCAUUCAUGCGACGUGUUCGGUGACGGCAACGGCCUUUGAGCUGGCGCGCCAGAUCCGGUUGAGCGACCCGAAGGUUUUGGUCUGUUCGCCUCAGACGAGAAAGGCAGCGGAGGAGGCCAUCACGCAGUCGAACACCGCUGUCCGGCUUGUCAUGAUGGUUUCCGACGAUCUAGACAUCGUGGAUGCGGGCAGCAAGUCUAUCAUCAGCGAGAGGAAGCUGGAGUGGCAGAGAAUCACGGACCCAGAGGUGCUGCAGAAGACGACGGCUUGUCUGGUCUACUCGAGCGGCACGACCGGGGUUCCCAAGGGGGUUGUGACCACGCACGCCAACAUUGUCGCCAACCUGUGCCAGAUGGCGUUCUUCUUUGACCACUUCGCCGAGAAGGCCAUCCGCGAGGGCGUCUACCUGCGCAUGCCUGGCGUCAUGCAGAACGCCGUUGCCGUGGGCAUUUACGUCCAGACCAUGCUGGCUCUCCAAUGUGGCAUGCAGGUCUACAUGUUCCCAAAGUACGACUUCUCGUCCCUGAUGGCGAGCAUCAAGAAGUUCCAAUUGUCGGCGUGCUUCAUCGUGCCCGCCAUCUGGAACCGCAUCCUGCAGGAAUGUACGAGGGAGGACGUGGCGAGCAUUCGGUUCGCCAUGAGUGGUGCGUCACCGCUGCCGCUGCCACUGCAGUUGAAGAUGCACGACAUGUUGCCUGAGGGCGUGGUAUUGAGAGUCAACUGGGGAAUGACGGAAACCGUGACCGCAGCAUCCCAGCCGAACGUGACAGAGGUGGACAGGGAAGGCAGCUCGGGCAGAUUAUUGCCCAACAUGCAGGCCGUGAUCAUGGGUCCGGCUGGUGAGAAGCUGGGACACAAUGAGCCUGGCGAGCUCUGUAUCAGAGGACCAAACAUCAUCAAGGAGUACUUCAACAACCCUGAAGCGACCCGCGCAGCGUACACUCCAGACGGGUGGUUUCGGACAGGCGACAUUGCCCAUUUCGACAGGAACGGCAAGCUCUACAUUGUGGGCCGCUCCAAAGAAUUGCUCAAGUACAAAUCCUUCCAGGUCUCGCCGACAGAGGUGGAGUCGGUCCUCGGCCAGCUGCCCGGCGUUGUAGACGUUGGCGUGAUAGGUGUCCCGGAUGGCCAGGGUAACGACUUGCCUCGCGCGUACGUGGUCAGAUCCGACAAGCCUCCGCGGCUGGAGGAGAAGGACAUCCACGCCUUCUUGAACCCGCGCGUGAGCCACUACAAGAGACUGAGAGGCGGUGUACGGUUCGUGGAUGAGAUCCCACGGAACCUCAACCAGAAGAUCAUGCGGGACGUGCUUAAGCAGUGGGUUGAGCGGGAACACGGGCAAAAGGACAAUUUCAAGGCGAGGUUGUGA